UGAUCGGUGUGCGACGGGCGACCAUCGUCGUCGCCAUUUUACAUUUUUCAAUAAUGUCAGCCAAAUCAUCAGAUCGCGUUUAUAGUUAAAAAUUCGUGAUAUUAACGGUAAUUUAUUCAAGUUUUUCCAUCUUAGUCUACAAAUAGCGAAAGUGCAGUGAAAUGGAUCGUUUUAUCAGCAUGUGGAAGGUUCGAGAGCUGGCGGAUAAAGUAACAAAUGUAGUAAUGAACUACACAGAAGUUGAGGGCAAGGUACGAGAAGCAACAUCAGAUGAGGCAUGGGGCCCAACUGGACAGCAAAUGCAGGAAUUGGCAUUAGCCACCUUCACAUAUGAGCAUUUUCCUGAAGUUAUGUCUAUGCUCUGGCGGAGAAUGUUGCAUGAUAAUAGAUCACACUGGAGAAGAACUUACAAGUGUCUUCUCCUUCUGAGCUAUCUGGUCCGUAAUGGGUCAGAACGCGUAGUCACCUCAGCUCGGGAACACAUCUAUGACUUGAGGUCGCUGGAAAACUACACUUAUGUUGACGAUCUGGGUAAAGAUCAGGGCGUAAAUGUGCGGCACAAAGUCCGUGAACUGAUUGACUUUAUUCAAGAUGAUGAGAAGUUGAGAGAAGAGAGGAAGAAAGCCAAAAAGAAUAAGGACAAAUAUAUUGGCAUGUCCUCUGAGGCAACAGGAGGUAUGAGCAGUAUGGGAAUGGGCCGAAUGGAGGGCAUGGGCGGUAUGGGCAGAAGUUCUGGAGGCUGGGGAGAGUACAGUGAUAGAAAUACUUCAUGGGAUGAGCCAAAGGAAAGAAAUGAUGAAGAUGAUUAUGAAAGAGAGGAUUCUGAUGGAGAGAGUGGAGGAAAGAAACCGCAGAAAGAAAAUGUAUACCGCGAUUCAGAGGUGAUAGACGAAAGUCCUCCGCCCUCAGACCGAGUAAGAGACCGCCACAAGCCGCUUAACAUCAGCCUUCGUAGUCCUGCUCGCACUAAACCCGCUACACCUGCUAAGAAGAUUGACCUAGGUGCAGCAGCAACAUACGCCAAAGCGGCAACUGCCUCAUCGCCAGUAACUAAGCAACCGGCAACAAACAAGUCUCAGGAGUUGCUGGAUGACUUAUUUAAGACCUGUCCAGUCGCUGAAAUAACAAGUACUAAUGUUGCCAAUCUAGUCGAAGACGACUUCGAUCCAAGAGCGGAAGAACCGAAGUCCAUACAAAAAGAUGAAUUUGGUGAUUUUACGAACGCGUUCGCUCCACCCGCUGUAACCAACGAUGGAUUUGCUGAUUUCACUAGCGCCUUCAUAGAUAGCAACACUACUAACAAUGUUUCAGCGCCAGCAUCUAACCUAGACCUCUUAAGUGAUCUAGCGCCUCCCGGCAAUGGGUUUGAUUUAGACUCACUCACUGGACAACUCGCAAGCACAAACAUCACGCACACACAAUUACAGCCCAUGCAAGGUUUACAGCCCACACCUGUGGACCUGCUUCAACCGAUUGCACCAGUUAGUCAACAACAACCAACAUUGAUCAACACAAAGCCAUCAGCAAAGUUGGGCGCAACAUGGGCCGACACAUCCGGCGCUAUUAAUAUCAACGUCGACAAUUUGUUGGCUCCAAGAUCGCCCAAAGCUGGUCCCGCUCCAUCCAUCAAUCAGCUUAAAUCUAGCCCCAAUAGUCCAGCGCAUAAACCUAAUGUAAACGCUAAUAUGCCCAUACUACCGAAUAUGCCCAGCAUGGCACCAACUAUUCCGAAUAUGGCACCAACCAUGCCCAACAUGAUGCCGUUAAACAACAUGGCGACGGGGCAAAUGUGGCAAACACCUAUGUCCAACGUUAACAACAAUUUCCCAGUUAACAACAACAUGAGGCCACAGAAUCACAAUUUCCUCCAAUGAUAUUUGUUAUUGGCAGAUGUAUGCCAAAGUUAAAUUUUUGAGCAAUGAAUAGUUAUGCAAACAACGUACAAACUUAUAGUUAGGAAGGGACACAGCGAUCACAGGACAUCUUACAAACGUUUCAAUCAAGAAAAAUAUUUUGCUGGAGUUUACAAUCGAGGAAAUGUAUUUUUUGGAAGUGGUCCUUUUAUUUCAUUGCGCUUUACUAUCAAAUGACACAGGCCGUCUAGUUAAAAAAAUAAUAAUAAAUGAGAUCUCCAAUUCAGUGACAACUUAACGGCCCAUUUGUUCCAAAUAACAGAAAAAUAAAUUUUGAUAAGUCGAUGAAUAUUGACCGAGUUAAAAUAUAGUUUUAAUCAUUAUCGCCUUCGCGGACCGAUUAUCUUCAAUUUACACUAUAACUGCAAUAUUAUACAAUUGACAUUUAUUCCGAAAACAUUUUUUAAGCAUUCCAAUGUAGCAUUUUUGUAAAUAUUCGCUUAAUAACUCAAUUCAUUGCUUAAAAAUCGUUAGAGACCUGAGUUUUCAAUUUUAUACGAGUUGAUAUUACAUGUGUAAGCGUGUACAGUCGUGCAUAUCAUUGUAUAUCACAUGAUAUUAUAUUAAAUUUAUAUUAUAUUAGAAAAUACAUGAACUUGAUAAACUAAUGUGUUUGAACUUAAACGAUUAUAAAUUUAAUAACGCAAGUUUAAACGUGGAUGAAAUGCGUUGAAUUUAUUAAUUAAAAAUCAUGGUUAUAUUAUCUACGUACGUGUACGUCUAUAUACGCAUUGGGAAGUCUACAAAAAAUUGGAAGAAAUCAAAAGCGCGCCUUUCUCAAUUUUUAAUGUAAGAUAAAGUUUUUCGCAUUCUUUAGUAUUAUUUGCUAUUCGUUAGAAAGGUGGAAAUGGAAAUUAAAAUUCUUAAAAGUAUUGAAAUUAAUGAAAACAUUCCUAUUUUGAUGAUCUCUAGGUUUGGCUAAAAUUGCAUUUCUUCUCAAUUGUCUAAGAUAUUAUUCAUCUUAAACUGCUUGCGACAAAGCGGGAAAACCACCUCUUAUGGCCAUUCAUACUGCCAUACCUAUAUCAGUUGGUCGUUGUUAUGAAGUUGGAUAGAAUAUUUUUAUACCUCCUUCAUCAGUAGCGUAAUAUAAGUGUUAUGUAUUUAUAUGUGACAUAGUUGAAUGUAUGGGGCUAUGUAAAUAUACGUAGAAUUAGUUAUACGUCAAUUCUGUUUUAAGGAACUUUGUUCAAAGUGCUGUAUUCUAAUGUUUAGGUUAUGUCAGCUGUUAAAUUCUUUCUUUGAAACAUCACGUAUAACUUUAUGCUCAAAAAUAGUGGCUAAAGAUUUAUUUUUAUUACUGAAUAUUAGUACUUACACAUAGAAGAUAGAUUUUAGCGUCAAUUUCCUUGAGAAUUAAUCGUAUAUGCUAAAUAACUAUAUUUAAUUACAGACAGCAAUAUUUUUUUGUCACUACUUAGGCUCCAUACAGUUAAGGACAACCUACUAGUAUACUAGCGACUUUAAUAAUGUACUUAAAUUCCUUGUAGAAACAUAUAGCGCCCCAUAAACUCGCACUUAUUAGAUAGCACUCAGGGGUUAUUAUCGCCGAGGCCGCAGACUUGUAAAAAUCAUUUUUAUUUACUGUUUUCCGCGCAUAGCUUACACUAAGUUUCAAUAUAUUAACAUCACUUGCGAGUCGUAGUUUAUACUAAUGAAAAGCCGUCUAAUAUAUGGACUAUAGAAACAUAGUAGCUGUUGUAUUUUGGGUUUAGAAACAGCUUAGUGGUCCAUAGUUGACAUGAAAUACAUUACAGGUGUGGUCCCAAGAUGUUUUGUAAAUAAUCUAGCGAUCAGGCAUAUAACCCCUCGGUUGUAUAAAACGGAUCAAGUCUGAAUUUCAAGUGAUGUUGUGCUUUUAAACAAGUGUUGUUUUUAUUCAUUUUAGAUUGCAUUUUGGUUAGUGGAAUUAUGGACGAGAAAUGUUGUAAAUGGAGACGGUUCAGAUUUAAUUGUUGUGGCAAUGGCAGCUCAUUUAGCACAGUAACCUUUGUUCUGUCAACUUCAAAACUAUGGCAUCAUGGCGUCCUUAGCACAGGCAUGCAGAAUUGAUUCGUGUAAUUGAAUAUUUAUAAAAAAAACUUAAGUGUGCCGAAUUUUCAAAUAAAAAAUGUGCGACUAACUUUUUUUUCACUUGACAAGAUUUGAAGUUUGUGCUAAGGGAGAUUUGUGAAAAACCUUAAUAACGUAGAUUUUGUUAGUGAUUGUACUUCUGUUUUUUUUUUAAUUUCGUAUUGUGUAGUGUAAAUGAAGCUAGUUGGGACCAAAAUGAAAGUUGUCGCUGCAUCACACUAAUUAAAUUUAGCAGAUUUUGCGUCAGAAAUUUUUCUAUAUUAAAACAAGCAUAUGUAUGUCGGUAUGUGAAAGAUUCAUUUAUACUACACAAUGUCUUGUGCUCUUAGGUGCAAAUAGAUUAGAACAUUUAUUUUUUUUAAUUCGAGAAAACCAAUGUUAUUAAUUGUAUAAGCCGUAGGUGGGUGAACUCAGAUAAUAAGGUAUGUACAUGGACUUCAGUGAAAAUUUGAAAUACGUAUUUCUUCAAUAAUAAAUAUUCUUUUAUCGCAUUAAACGCGUUUAUUAACAUUUAUAAACGACCAAGAGAUGCAAUCCAUUAUAACGUUUCUAUUGUUUAAACCCGUAAUAUUUAUAUAGUGCGAUAAUCGUAAUGAUCUAUAAAAACAUUAAGUCUAAAUCCAGAAAAAAAAUUGCUAAUUUAAGUUGUUUAACUUGUCAUAUCUAUUUAAAGCAUAGGGUUUUAGCGAAAUAAUAUUCAUAGAGUUGCGGGUGUAUUGAGUUUUUUCUUAGUAAGUUUAUCUCAGACCUUCAUUUAAUGAAAAUUGAGAAAUCUUGCGCUAUUCUGAAUUAUUCAAAAUAUUAUCUGAUUAAGCCGAGUAACUGCAAUAUUGAAUUCUAUAAUGUAGUGUUUGUUACAAAUAAUGCUUAAUAACAUAAAAAUAUGGAUGGAUUAAUUUAAAAUAUCAACGUCAUAGACUAUAUUUGUAAGGCCCACCUGUGUAUAUAAUUAUUUAAAAAAGUUCUUCCGUUGAUUAGGGAUUUUAAAGCAAUACUUAUAAUUUAAAAUUUUAUUUGUAGUUGUUUUCAUGAAUAGUUUAUUUCGAUUAAUUUAGUUUCAUCAGUUGUUCGCACAAGUUUUUUUUAAAGGGAAAUCGCGAGUUAACAGCAAAGUUAAGAGUUUUCUCUAUUUCAAGAAGUUAACUGAUACGCUAAUUAUUAGGCUUAAAUAAUAUGGAAUGUUUGAAAAGCACUAUCCAUUGAGACAAAUAUUAAUUAUUGAUCACGUUGAUUACAGAAAGAUAGUUGCAUUCUGUUAAUUCGCGUAAAACUCUGUAUUUAACUAUUAACUAAUAUUGUAUAUAGGAAUCGUAAAUAACAAUGUAAAAGAACGACUGUUUAUUAAAAUAUGUAACAAAUAUUUGUU